UUGAAAACAAUCAUUAUUCCUUUUUAAGGCUCAUUUGGGCAAUACCUAGGUCAUGUCACUACAACAAUUAUGACUUUCCAUAGCAUUAAUUAAUAGCGAUUUUUUAGGAAUGCUGUGAUAGAGAACCAAUAAUAGCGUUUUGUGAUAAAAAGGGAGGAAACGCCCGUGCCUAGAAUACCAGUGUUUCAUUAAUGUCUCCAACAGCGUUCCACUCCCAAAUUAUAGGCAUCAACCCUUGCUGAAAAUUCUAAUCGGCUCUGCCAAAAUUGUAGUCGCUAGAUUUCUCAUAUUUCUCUUAAUUGUUUUCGUCCGAACUGGUGUAGAUUUCUGUAUUUGUUCGAAACACCAGUUGGCCGCUAUGGAUCGAUCUCCAGGUAUUCCAGGGGUUAAUCUUGAGUUGAAGUUUUGAUCCUUGUUAUGUAUUUCUCGUGUCUUUCAUCGAUCGUUCUUCUUUCUCAUUUCGUAGUCUGAGUAGAAUCGGAGUCAUAUUGGGACAGAUUGCUCUGGCUGAAGCAAAACAACUAUUUUGGAGAGUCCUCACCAGGUUAAAGAAAAAGGCGGAGAGACAGUGCUACCACACUUUAGGUGGUUCAGAAACCAUAACAAAGACACCACCACAACCCCAAGAUUGCAAGAUGCUCGCAUAUUGGAACAAAUCCACCACAGCUCCAAGAUUGGAAGCACAGUUAGAUUUCCCCCUUUUUGGUUAUGCUUAUGCUGAUGUUGAGAAAGAGAUGGUAAGUGCAUGAAGACCAUUGUCGUGUAUGGAGGUAGCCGAGUUGAAGUCCAAGUAUGAUGAGAAGGGUCAACCUUGGUGAUGGAUCAGGAUCAAUCGGUGGCAAGCACUAGCUGGCAUCUUCUUCGUGAAGAUGUAAUUGAUGAAAUUCUUUCGAGAUUGCCCGUCAAAUCUCUAAUUCAAUUCAAGAGUGUUUGUAAAAGAUGGCAUGCUCUUCCUACAAACCCGAACUUUAUUGCCUCACAUCUGAGACAUGUUAAUACUCCCGAUAGGCUGGUCAGUUGGAAUGGUAACCAUGACGGUCUGAUAGUUGAGCAUGAUGCCUUUCAUGUAUUCACAGAAUGUGAGUUCGAACGUUAUUUCCAGCCUGUGAAUCUUUAUUUUGGAUUUGACAGGAAACCAGAUUUAGUUUUGGGUCCCUGUGAAGGCAUAUUUUGUUUACACUGGCGGCCAAAUAGUGCUAUUUGUUCUCGAGUUGGAUCUAAUGUCGAGCGGCUACCAACUAUUGCCCUCUUGAACCCUGCAACUAGGGCAUUUGGCAUUCUCCCAGUGUCCAAGUUUGACGUCCCACCAUAUAGGAAGGUGGCUUAUUCCAUGGUUGGGUUUAAUUUUGAUCUCACAACGAAAAGUAUCAAGGUAGUUAGAGUUGUAAAUUUCCAGGGGGAGAAAGUUACCCGAAAUGCUUUCAUUAAUUGUGCUGAAGUUUACGAAUUGGGUUCUGGUUCUUGGAGAGUUCUCAAUGUGGAUGAUAUUGUCCAAGAGGUAUAUGUAUCGAAUGAAGCAAUCAUCAGCAUGUACAAUCACAAUGAUGGUGUUUUUCAUUGGCACUCACUCCCCAAUGACCGUGCACGCGGCGUUGACAACGACUAUGUAUUUGGGAGCUAGUUCUUUCAUUUGACAUGAGUACGGAGUUGUUCCAAUUGACACUGCUGCCAGAGAGGUGCACCGAAUUCAGACUCGUAUCGUCCUUUAGAGAAUUUCACUUGGCAUUGCUAGGGGACUCCCUUGCAGCAAUUUUCUCUCUGCGAGGAAAACCACACAACCAUUGAAGUAUGGGUGAUGAAGAAGACUUCAACUGUCUGGUUAAGGCUAGGAAGUUGAAGCUUGCAUUUGGUUCUAGCUUUCUUAAACCUAGCAAUAAAUUGUGCAACUUUUUCAUUAGGUCUUUGCCUUAACCUAGCCAAAUCUGCCAUAGUAACUUCUGGCUUAGUUUGAUAAAACUGUGCAUGGAAAAUUUCUUCCAUUUUUUGCCAGCUUUGAACUG